UUACAUUUCAUAUUUCGCCUUUGCGUUUGUGUAGUGCUUUCGGUAAACACGUUUUAGAAUUUUAGGUCUAAAUUACAUGUGAGUUAUGACUUGUGAUGUUGAAAAAAAGUAUAAUGAAUAAUGAUACUAACUAAUUAAUGUUGAUGAUAAUAUCACAGAAUAAAUUAUUAAGUUAAUAUUUAUUUUAAAUUAUUCUUUUAUAGUAUGAUACUAAUACAAAUAUACAAUCAUACUAAUAACUAUUGAAGUGAAAUCUUUGAACCCUGAAUUAUCAUUCAAUUUAAUAUAUUAUAUAUUAAGUGCAAAGGUAUAAUAUUAUUCAACAUCGGUGUGAUGUAGUUUUAACAUUAAGUCUUGUAUGAAAAUGUCUGCCGACGAAAACGAAUCUGUGGACAUACAACUAAUCAAUUGGCGAUCUAAUAAUUCUAGUAGAUUAUUAUAGAUUGAUUUGGAAGAGGAGCUUAACCGUAUGGAAAGACCUAGUCGAGUGUUCAAUAGCCAUCAUCAUUUAUCUAUGCCUCCAGUGUUAACAGAUACAAUAAAUAUGGAACAAAACGAGCAAGUUCGUAGGUUCAAGAGAUAAUAGCUAUGAUGAAAGUUUAAGUAGCACGACACAAAAUGCAGGGAGGAGUAAUGAAGUAGCUAGUGUAUCAAUGAAUGAUGAAAGUGAAGAAGACGAUACUAGAAGCGGUUUAAACCUUACUUUUUGGAGAAAAGAUAUUGUACUAAGACAUGUUGGCUAUGAUCAUAGACCAGAACACGCUAGAUCUGUAAGACGGUCAAGGAAAUUUGCAGAUCAACCUUAUGUAUUAAUAAACCGGAGCUUUCCAAGAAAUACUUCCUCCGGUGUUACAAGAAGAACCAAUAGGCUUGUUAAUGUUUCAUCAACAAACCAAGGUUAUAAUGAUCAUCCUCCUGGUAGAUCACAAACUCCAGAACAAGAACUUCCUGAAGUACAAGUAAUAGAAAAUGUAAUGGAACCUGAUAACAGUGAUGACCAAUAUGAUGUCUAUCGUGCUCGUGGCCAAGAAGGUAUUUUAAGUGUUUCAUCUCGUAAUGAUGCUGAUUCUGGCGAAGAUAGAGGAUCUUCACAUGAAGAAAAUAGAAAUAGUACUUUAGAUAUACCUAAUGAAACUCCAAGAACAAGAGUUGUACCUUUUAUCAUGUCACCAACACCAUUUAGUCCACCGUCCGAAUCUCCUACAGAUACUUCUGAAAUUCUAGCUACAGGAGUAAACAAUGAUUUACCAAAUGUGCCUGCAGCAAUACCAUUAACAACUAAUAAUGAUGAUAAUCAUAAUACUGUUUCCAAUAAUGAAUCCAGAACAUCACUAGUACGCGUUGAAGAACAUCCAGAAACAUAUGAAGACCUUAAUGGUCAGUUAUUACGUUUAUUUGAAUGUCCUGUAUGUUUUGAACACAUUAUUUCUCCCAUUUAUCAAUGCUUGCAUGGACAUUUAAUUUGUAAUAAAUGUAUAGUUAUGUGUGAAAAUUGCCCAACAUGUAGAAAUUAUUUCAACACACAACGCAAUCUAUACAUGGAAAAAGUUGGUAAUUUGCUAAAGUUUCCCUGUAAAAAUACUUCAUAUGGAUGCAAGCAGCAAAUGUUUAUUAGUCUAAAAGAAAAUCACGAACAAGAAUGUUUGUGUAGACAAUACCAAUGUUUUUUCACUGAUUGUUCUUGGAAAGGAUACUAUUCUGAAUUGCACUCGCAUAUGAUUAAAAAUCAUAAUAACUACGUCCUAACUGGAUCAGAACAGUUUCUUGAUAUUGUGUUGAAUGGUGAAAAUCAAACAUUAAAGUGGUUUUUAUCAGGAGAGAGUGAAUACUUUGCAAUACUCAUUCAUGUAAUGGAAUCGCCUAGAAUAUUAAAAAUUCAAGUAAAUUUGAUUGGACCAGCAGUUAAAGCAAAACAAUUUAAAUUUUGUGUACAGUUAACCCAACGUAAAAAACGCAGUGGAUUUUCACAAAAGUUAGUUUAUGAGAGUUCAACUCUUUCAUUUUCGGAAAUCGAUGAUGCGUUGAACCACAGUGGUCUAAAACAAAACUUAAUUUCUUUAUCUGAAGAAAUGAUAGAACCUUUUAUAAGAAGAAGGACUAACUGUCGUCUACCAGUUAUUUUUAAAGUUAUCCCAGUAUAAUCUAGUUUAUACAUACUAUUGAAAAAAAUAUUAUUGUUAAAUUGUAAUAUUUUUUGAUCUUUUUAAACAUUAAAUAUGUAUGUACUUAUAACUUUUUUAAUGUAUGUGUUUC